AUGCGGACAUCAUCGCUCUGGCUUCUGCCGCUCGUCACGCUGCUGGUGACGCUGCUCGCGGCGCUGACGCCCGCUGCUUCGGCGCACAUGAUUGAGCUGCUGCCGCACUCCAAGGAGUGCUUCUUCGAGGACCUCCACCACGGCGACCAGAUGACGCUCACCUACCAGGUCGGCGGCGGCGGCCACCUCGACAUCGACGUCAUCCUCACCGAUCCCAAGCUGCGCGCCCUGUUCGAGCAGAAGCGCAAGGACACCGGCACCUACAGCUUCACCGCAUCCGAGGACGGAAGGUACACGUACUGCUUCAGCAACGAGUUUAGCACCGUCAGCGACAAGACUGUCAGCUUCAACGUACACGGCAUCAUCUACGUCGCAGACGAGGGCGACAUGCUCCCCAUCGAGCGCGAGAUCCGCGACCUCGCCGCCGGGCUCCAGGCCGUCAAGGACGAGCAGGAGUACCUCGUCAUCCGCGAGCGCGUCCACCGCAACACGGCCGAGAGCACGAAUUCCAGGGUCAAGUGGUGGUCAAUCAUCCAGGCCUUCAUCUUGAUCGGCGUCUGCGGCUGCCAGAUCUACUUUGUCAAGAGGCAUUUCGAGGUCCGGAGGGUGGUCUGA